AUGGCAGUGAAAGAGGCACGGGUCAUGAAGGAACGCCAAGUGCACCUUGAGAUGGGAGAUGAGGGUCGACCCCAUGUGCCGGAGAUGCUGGAGCGGGAGGUGUCCAUCCACUCCAGGCUGAGUCACUCGAACAUUGUGGCCUUCCUCGGCACGGACAUGCUGGCAGACAAAAUGCACAUCUUCCUGGAGUACAUGUCCUGUGGCUCCUUGUACCAUUUGCUGCAAACAAGAGGACCGCUACAGGAGCUAAAGACAGCGAGCUAUGCCCAGCAGGUGCUAGAGGGAGUGCACUACCUGCACACGCGAAAGCCUUCAGUCCUUCACCGUGACCUGAAGACUGCCAACAUUCUCCUAGGUCCAAACGGUGUCGUAAAGUUGGCUGACUUCGGCUGUGCGAAGCGAGUGUCCGGCACUGCAAUGCACACGCUGCGUGGCUCCGUUCAAUGGAUGGCACCUGAAGUUCUCAACCAGCAGCCCUACGGCAAAACUGCUGACAUUUGGAGUUUUGGGUGCGUAUUGGUCGAGAUGAUUACGGGCAAGGCGCCUUGGGGUCAGUUUGAGACGAGCAUCGCGGCGAUGAUCCACGUGGCCACCGUUCAGGUGCUGCCUCCGCUGCCCGAGCAUGUGGCCUGA